UGGUCACAAAUCACACAUCUGGUGAAGACGUAUCAGUUGGAGAGGCUCGGGCGGUCGCAGUCGCAGUUGAAGUCGUACCAUGAUUUCAAGGAGCAGAUGGCGCAGCAGGGGAUAUGCCUGACAACGAACCUCCUGGUGAAUACGAUGCACUGGCUGCCAGCGGACACAGACAUCCGGCUGCCGGCGGAGGAGGCUGUGCAGCGGGUGACGUACAAAGACGCCCGGUUGUUUGCCGCGGCGGAGGACGUAUACAUCUCGAUCAACGAGUUCCCCUACUACAUCCAGGAGCGGACCCUCCACUUGUUGGUGUGGGUGCGGUCGCCGAUGCCGCCGGACCCAGCGUCCGAUAUUGGCGAUAUCGACAGCACGACAAAAGAGACGAUCGAGCGAUACGUCAUGGCGACAUUCGUGCGCAAGGCGGGCGUGCCCAGGGACCACCUCGUGUGGUGGAAGAACUACACCAAGAUUCAGAGCAUAAAGGCGAUCCCGCACGUGCAUGUGUUGAUCAAC